AUGAAUCGGAAACUUCGUGUCGUUGUUGGAUUGUCAGGUGGCGUAGAUAGUACUGUUUCUGCCUUUCUUCUCAAAAAAGCCGGCUACGAUGUCCAAGGAGCUUACAUGGUGAAUUGGGAUCAUGUGGAGGAAGGAGUCUCUGAUUGCCCGAGGACAUUGGAUGAAGCAGAUGCAAGACGGGUUUGCGAUAGGCUUGAUAUACCUUUCCACUCAGUUAACUUUGUAAAAGAGUAUUGGAAUCAAGUAUUCACAGGUAUGUUGGAAAACUAUAGGAAGGGCAGAACUGUUGUUCCGGAUGUUCAAUGUAAUCAGUUCAUUAAGUUCGAACAUUUCCACAGUUAUGCUAUCAAUGAGCUAGGAGCGGACUUUAUUGCAACCGGUCACUAUGCGUCUACAUCUCGAAAUGAUUUCCACGAGCCGCGUUUCGGAAGAGUGAAGUUAUUGUGUAGCAAAGACCCCAUAAAGGAUCAAACGUACUUUUUAUGUACACUAGCUCAACGUCAACUUGAAAAGGCAAUGUUUCCUGUUGGGAAUAUGAACAAAACAGAAGUUGUACAAAUAGCCAGGGAGCAGGGGUUCGACGAUAUAUCGUCCAAAUCCGAGAGCAUGGGAAUAUGUUUCGUGGGUAAAAGAAAAAAGUUUGAUGAAUUUAUGAAUCAGUACAUAAACCCUGUGGAAGGUGAUAUUGUCAUGCUGGAAGGGAAAAGAGUAGGGUAUCAUGAAGGAGUGCACCUAUUUACUCUUGGGAAAAGAAUAUCCAUAAAGUCACGAUCUCACCUGGGCUUGUUUGUGGCCAAAAUAGAUUAUAAGAGAAAUAUUGUUUAUGCGGUUGAAGGAUCACAUCACCCGAUUCUAUAUGCAACAAAAUUUUUAGUGAAGAAACCUAAAUGGAUUUGUGAUGACCCUAUAGAGCAAAAAAUGAAUGUCACAUGUAGAAUACAAAGAACGCAUCCAGCAAUUCCUUGUGAGAUAGAUACAGUAGGCAAUCUUUUAUCUGUGAAGCCUAUGCUACCCUUGAGAGCUGUAGCAGAUGGACAAAUGUGUGUUUUCUACAACAAGAACGAAUGUCUUGGUGGAGGUGAAGUGCAGACAGUUUGCUCAACCUUGCAUGAUAUGUAG